AUGGCUGGACUGACUCUCUGUCUGGAAUGUUUCCGCUACGCAUGGGAAGUUUUCAAAUUGGUGCCAGACAUUAGCGGUAAACUGCACGAGCAAUAUCCACUAAAACCCUUGAAGACAACGGAAGUGAUGCAGGCAAAUCUAAGUAGCGUGAAGCCGUCUUACAAACCGACAGGAGUUGGGAUGUAUUCCUUCAUUCUAGAAGCUUCUGAUUUGGCAAACAACUCUCGCUUUAUAAGACGCUUAUGUCUGUAUGACCCAUCAUCAGAAAUCACUCUCAGUUCUGAGACAUUUGAAGUAUCUUCAGCUAGAGGAUUUGGAAAAGAUGCCUGGACCUCCAACAUAAGCAAUCCACUGAUCAUAAGCUGGAAAGAUCAUUUCGUUAACAAGAUUCACGACGACAAUAAGCUUCUUAACCCUGUGAAGGAAUAUUUAAAGAAGCGGGAUGAUGGCUUGAAGAAAAUUGAUCAGGACGACACCUUUGGUAAGAGAACAAUAAAAGGCAUCGGCAACAGCCGUGGCAUUGUCAAAUUUGAGGUUGCCCAUGCUAAGGACAGUAAUGGAGGAAGAGGACAACUAGAGCCGACAACUGGAUGGAGAAAUUUAACUUAUUCAACUCUGAGUACAUCUGUAGCUCCUAAUAAUCCAAGCAAAGGAGACACUGUCAGUAUCUGGGUACGAGCUACGGACAUCACAGGUCGAAGUAAGACAGACGUGAUCCGGGUUCACUAUGAUGAUUCACCACCAAACGCGUUAAAACAAGUACACUUUAAAAGAAAUGUUCCUGGCAUUUAUCCAUUUGGAUCAAAAGUUACCUUGACUACAUCCGACAGAGAGAGUGGUGUUCAUCAAGUCAACAUGACAGUUGUUAGAAUGAAACUAGAUUCUGACAUGGGAUCUCAUUCGUUCCAUAUCUCCACUAUACCUAAGUCAGCAUGCACGGAUGAGUUACAAGACAAAUGUUUCUGCUCGAAUGACCAACCAGACAUGUGUCAGAAGAAAACCCAAGUUCUGGAUAUCAACAACUGCUGGCUGAUGGUUCCAAGGGAUGGACUCAAAUCCGAGAUGGUGGAAUUGAGAUUUCAGAUUUUCAAUAAUGCGCUUCUCUCUGUCACCCGAUCAGUUAAUGUUUCUAGUUUGGUAACUCUAAAUGGCACAGAAGCUUGUGAGUAUUUACAAACAAUUUAA